CCCACCUAUCCAGCCGCUGGUUCCUAGGGCCCCAACCUAUCCAGCUGCUGGUUUCUAUCGGAGUGAUUGCUUGCUGGCCCCUCAAUUUCAUAUUGCCCCACCUAUCCAGUCGCUGGUUUCCACCGAAUUUCAAUCUCCCACAUUGCCACUUGUAGUUCUUAGUAUUAAUUGUUCCUCCAUUGCGCUCGGGGCUUCCUUGACCUCGUGUCUAAGGUGCCUCUUAACCAGGCCAAGAGGUCAUUGGCCCCUAAUCUACUUUCUUAGUUUCACCUUUCUCGUCUCAAAGUGCUGCCGGCCGGAUUUCUGAAAUCUGAUACAUUUGGAUAUGGCGGAUAACGAGGCGCAACCGCCUGUAAGGCUCAUGAACUUCGUCUCCGAAGACCAGUUGGAAGAAGCUCGGAGGACACGGGGAGCUCGAGUCGAAGACGGCACUGCCCAGCGGGAUAAGUCCCUUUACGAUGUCCGCAUCUUUCCUAUUCUUAAGGAAAAUAAAGAUAAGAAAGAUGCUGAAUUCAAUGAACGUUUCAAGCACAGGCCACCUAAAGCUCUUGAUGAAGAUGAGACCGAAUUUCUCGAUAGAUUAGAAAUGUCCAGGAGAGAGUACGAGCGACAGGUAGCAGAUGAAGAAGAGCAGCAACUGCGUAGUUUUCAGGCAGCAGUGGCAUCACAGUCUAACAUUGUACAUGAGCUAAAGGAGGCACCUUCAGUUCCAAAAACUCAGGACAAAAAUUCAGUAGUGAGAAGAAAGAAUACAGCAUCUCGCCCAUUAGGCUUGGUAAUCAAAGUGAAACCACAAGCGAAGAAAGCAAAAGUAGAGUUUUCAAGCAGACACGAGGCCCCCGGGGAAAGUGUGAAACAAGUCUCCCAGGAAAUGUCAAAUGUCCAUACGUCCAGGCCUGUAGCUAUUACUGGUUUGGUUUCAUAUAGUGAUGAAAGUGAGGAUGAUGUAUGACAUUUGUAACUUGUUUUGAUUUCCUAAUUUAUAAUUGGUGAUUUUGAGAUAUUAUAUUACAUGCACGCACUGAUGAGAUUGUUAUGAAUAUGUGCGAUUGGUUUUAUUAUUGUUUUGAAGCGUGUAUACAUAUACAGGCACUUGCUCAAUUAUUGUUAUGAAAAAGUGAUUAAAGGUGUGGACAUGUGAAGGGCGAGGAAAGAAGCAUAAAAACCAU